AUGUCUCAACUCGCACAACCAGCAGAGCUUAUUACCUUCCGUGAGGAUCAAUUCUAUCUGAGUGUCUCCAGACAAUCAGUUAGUGUCAUUACUCCUGAAUUUACCAAUUGGAUUAAACAAACUCAUGAAAUGGCAUUGAAAUUAGUUGGUGAACAAUCAAGAAUGUAUCCAGCUACGUUUUACAAUCGUUUCGAUUCUGUGGAAGAUGUAGAUUUGGAGAAUGCUGUUUUUCUCACAGCAGAAACUGUUGAAAAAUUCAAUCUUCCUUCAAAGAGAGAAGAAUUUGAAGAAAGUAUAAAGAAAGUGAACGAAACUUGUUCGUAUUCUCUUCCUAUUCAACUUAAAACCAUUCCAAAAGGAGUUUAUUUGAAGAAACACUAUGUUGGACCUUAUAUGCAUUUAGGAAGAGUUUGGGAAGAGUUGAAGACUGAGUUGAGUGAAAAGUUUGGUGAAAUUUAUGAAGAAGCUCCAUAUCCAAGUUGGGAAGAACAUCCAAAUCAUGAAAUUUUAAUGAAAGAGGUACCUAAGGAUGAAGAAUUGAUUAGUGACUUGUUUACUAGAUUAAUUGAAAAGAAAUAAAAAUCCUUAUGUCAA